AUUCAUAACCAUGCAGGCUCAUCGGACGAGACGACCUGCGCGGGAGGUUUCCAGCUGCCCUUGGAAAUUUGGGAACAUAUCAUUGACUUGAUGGCGACACAAGCUACGAGAUACUGGAAUCUCUUGAACUCUCCUUGGUGGGCGACAUUGAUAUCCUGUGCGCUGACAUGCAAGACCUUAUACAAUCGCGCGCGAUGGCAUCUGCGGGGCAAUGUCGUCCUUUCCAACCGAGGCGACGUCGUCUUGUUCCAGAGGCAGCUACGUGACAAUCCGUACCUUCGACCCACAAUGCGAUUCGUCACGAUAGUUGGUGCGCCAGAUGGCCAGUCGGCUGGACCCAUCCCACACCUUGGCACAUUCGCUAUCAUGCUCUCUCGGUACCUCACAAAGGCGGAGACCCUGGUCAUCAACAAUGCGAAAUGGGGCGCAGGCUCUGUCCGACCGGGAGACAUCGCCAAUUUGGCCGCGUUCCGCUCCAUUUCAGAACUAACGCUGGAUCAUGUCUGCUUUGCAACGGUAUCACAGCUCACGCAGCUGAUGUCUGCCUUACCGAAGCUGCGGAACUUAUUCUGCAAGGACCUAACCUGCGAUCAGAAUACUCCCGUCUUGUCGUCACUCCCCCUGAACAGCACACAGCUUCGAGACAUCUCUCUUUGGGGCUGUAUGCCUCCAGCGGUCCACGACUUCAUCCUCCGCAUAGCCAAGCGUGCCGACCUACGCACCCUGGACAUGGGUGUACACUUCCAGGACAUAUUUAUAGGGGCGAUUGACAUACAGAAGCUGCUCCGUGCAUGCGCCCCGUCCCUCCGCGACUUCGGCCUAUCACUGAACCUCAAUGGUGUGAUCGACAAAUCCCCGGACAAAAUUUGUCAAAAGCUUGACAUCAGCUUUCUCGAGCAUUUGACUUCUUUGCGGCUCUCGUCAUGGUGCUUUCUCGAAGACAAACAUUCAUGGAUUCCGUAUAUGCUAUCAUCUCUAGGGACGUACGACAUCCCCGAAGUCCAAAUCCAUUUCCACAUUGGCAGAGACGAUCGCGACGAGCGAUUGAGUGCAUUGCUGUACCGAUUAGAUACGGAGGACGAGCUAGCGGACAUCGACAAACGUCUCUCGCAGCACAAAUUCUCAUCUAUCAAGCCGGACAUGCUCGAAGUGGGCCUAGCUUUCUCGGUCGGAGGAUGUUCUCCUUACGAGGUGCUGAGAGUCUCUGAGGACGAGUGGGCAAAACUCGUCCGAGGGAAGAUGCCGCUUGCGGAUAAGCGUGGAAUCCUAAGGACGACAGUCUUCAAAGUCUGCUGAAUCAUGCGUCACCUACAAUGCCUACUGUAUUUAUACUUCGGGACGAUCAUCGCAUGCCUCUUACUACAACUCCAUUCGCAUCGCGCCGGGUCCCCUCACCACACGAGGAACGGACAAUCAAUUCUACAUAGAAGCCAUGAGCGCCCCACCACCUCCACCAUCGUACAUACCUGUCUACGUCAAUGCUCCAGCUCCAGCCUGGGUGCCAUAUGUUCCCGUCCUCCGCGCCACAAGAUCUCACCAAAUGCACCACUAUGCAGCAGCAUAUAUAUGAGCGGCAGAAACGCGAUAACCUACCCUUCCACACGACACGACACCCCCACGACUAAUUGACGACUUCGACUGCACGACUCUUUUUAUUUCACUGAAACAAUCGGACAGAACCAUGGGGUACGUAUCAA